CAAUCUUCCUUCUGGUCAAAUCCUUUCCUGCCACCAGCGAAUACACCUUUUCCCCUUUCAAUUUUUCGACCAAACUUCCUUAUUUAAUAUCUUUUUCCCUUUCAUUUUCUAUUUUAUUUAUUUUCUUUCAUUAAUUCGUCUAUCCAUAUGUACCAAAUUUAUACUAGCAUAAUAAUCUCCUCCUAAUCACAAAUCGGAAUGUUUCCUUCCCUUUUUCCAAUCUCAAAAACAGAUUUUGAAGAGAAAUUGCGAAGAUCGGGGUAGAAUUUUCUUUGAAGAAUCCGUCCAAGUUCAAGAUGUCACAAAGUAGAUGCUGUGGAGUAGAGUUGUAUGAUACAGAUGGAGGCUAACAUCAGUGGGAGCUCUUCUCCAACCCAUUCAAAAUGGAGAAAAGUUGUUUAUGGUGGGAUGCAACCUGGCUUUGAUGACAAUCACACAGAUGAAUCCUUCCUGGAGGAAAUGAUCAUGAAUGCUAAUGUUGUCAAAAGAGACUUAUUGAAGGUGGUGCUCGAUGCAGUUUCAAUCUCACAAUAUCUUUGCAUUGUUGCCCUUGUGGUUUUAGUUUGGACCUACACCCUCAGAAAUACCUUGAAUGAAAAAUAUCUUUUACUCUUGAAUGUCAGCCUUCUUGGUUCGGGUUUCUUUAUUCUGCUCUUAACUGCGGACAUGAUACCCUUUAAUCUCCUCCUCAAUUAUCUCCUAAAAAAUACCUUCUUCAUAACUGCCUUAUAUAUGCUGUCUCCUAUCUAUCAUACACUUACUAGGUCCAUAAGCUCGAAUUCUAUAUGGGCGCUAACAGCUUCCCUUCUCAUUCUCCAUCUCUUCCUGCACAAUUACUCAGGGUCCACCGUAAAGGCUCCUGGAGCUUUAGAAAAUCCAACCCUGACAAGCAAUAUAUCACUGAACGCGUCCAUCGUGGCUUCACUUUUGAUUUCAUCCCGCCUUCCAUCGAGGCUUCAUGUCUUUGCUAUUGUGCUAUUCUCCUUGCAAGUUUUCCUUUUUGCUCCUUUAGUCACAUAUUGUGUCAAGAAGCGCUCUUUUAAGCUGCAUAUUUGCUUUUCCCUUCAGUUACUGGUUCUAACACUAAUAUUCACUUACCAGUUGCAUAAGCUGCUUUUCAUCUUGCUUUUGGGCAUUUUUGUCUUCGUUAAUUUGGUUUGUCCCUACUGGUUGAUACGGAUUCAAGAGUACAAGUUUGAGAUUAAUGGCCCCUGGGAUGAGGCUAAGCUCUGUUUUAACAUUACAGAAUGAGCAGGUUAUAUUUUUAGGCAUCUCCUUUGUAUUCAAAUCUCCUGGAUACUCUUGGACAUGUAACUCAUCUGUAAGUUUUCAGUUCAUUAAGUUGUCUUUUUUAGAUUAUUGAUUUAACUAGUCAUGUAACUAUUAGGGGUGUUCGUUGGUUGGGUUGACAUGGCGUUGAAAUAUUUUGAUUCGGUAUUUUUGACUUUUGAUUUUAAAA